CUAGGAGAUUACACAUUAGUGGAGGAGGAAUACUUUAAGAAGCUGUCUGAGAUCCCAGAAUCGGAGCGAGGGACAGAGAACUACUCCGCCCUUCUGGAUGACCUGGGGGGAUUCUUUGUGGAUCUUGGACUGUACAAGGCAGCCAGGAAGGUUUAUGAGAUGCUAGUUACUGUGAUAGAAGCCCGAUACAAGGCUGACUACACAACAGUGGUGUACAGUGCCUUCGCACAGAAGUGGAAGUAUCGAACCAGACACCCAGAAGUACUCAACGCAUUGCAGAAGCUUGGGUUGAUCUGUGAGAAGUUGAUGGAGCUAGAUGCCAGUCGAUAUUAUUAUGAAGAUGCCAUCACCAGACAAAACAAGGCAGUAACUCCCACACAAAAACUACAGUUGUGUGAAGGUCUUCUUGGAUUGGCAGCUGUAAUGAACCUUAAGAAUGACAUGCCCCAGUCUAAGAAACUUUUGAUACGAGCCCUGGAGCUGGCUACUGAGGUGUUAGGAAGACAGCAUCACUUUGUGGCAGCCAUUCUGAACAAGUUGGGAGUGUUGGGUUACACCCAGAGUCGUGUGGACGAGGCCCUGGCUUACUAUCUCCAGGACCUGAAGCUGACCCGGAGCGAGGUGGGCGUGAACCACCCCAGGGUGGCCCGUAUCCUGGGCUCCAUAGGAAUGGUGUACGAUGACAAGAACGACAAACUGGCCGGGGAGCUGUACGAGAGCAGUCUGGCCAUGUUGUUAGAUACAUACGGGUCUGCCCAUGUUGACGUGGCUACUGUAAG